GCGAAGAUGGCAGCCCAGAAGAAGGCCCAUGAUAACUGUCCUAAUUUGCAGACCGACCUGGAAAAGCUGAUGGGAAACGUAGAAGUCUGCCGCAGUGUGGGCUUGGAGAUCAUCAACAACACCAAAAAGGUGACGCUGGAGGACUUCAGGAGUUACUGCUUCAGUGGCAAGAUCCGGACCGUUCUCCCCUUCGAUAUCGGCCCACACUCCGUAGGAAGAUGCGUUUUUGCAAAGACUCCAUACAGCCUGCGUGGGAGUGUGGGUGUCCUGGUCUGCAAGGCCAGCUCUUUCUCACUGGCCAUCAUGUUCUCCAACCCCUUCGACUACAUCCUUUACAACAUCGAGUUUGCUCUGGAGCUCUUCAAAUCAGAGAACCACAUGGGAAACCUCAAUGCAGUCUUCUCCCGUAUGAUGCAAAGCAAGCCUUACAGCAGCUCCACACUCUUCCAGCGAGCCAAGCUACAGUCCGAGCAUGAAACCCUGGAGGUCUCCUUGGGGAAUAUUCGUGUCAGAGCCAAGAUGUCCAACAGUGAGAAAGCAAUCCUGAAAGUCCAGGUAGACGAUAUAGAUCCCCCACCCUAUUCCAAAGGCAUUCCCACCUUCGUCUCCCGUAACUCUGCAUCUUUCCAUAAAGCCAACCUGAGCAAACACCAGGGGAACCUGGAGGUCGCCGCAGCCCUGCAGCUCUCCUGCAGCAUCAUCAUAGCGAAGAUGGCAGCCCAGAAGAAGGCCCAUGAUAACUGUCCUAAUUUGCAGACCGACCUGGAAAAGCUGAUGGGAAACGUAGAAGUCUGCCGCAGUGUGGGCUUGGAGAUCAUCAACAACACCAAAAAGGUGACGCUGGAGGACUUCAGGAGUUACUGCUUCAGUGGCAAGAUCCGGACCGUUCUCCCCUUCGAUAUCGGCCCACACUCC